AUGAGGCUGUGCUAUGAUAAGAGGCUGCAAUCAUCUGUUACAUGCUAUGAUAAAGUUGAUAUGAAUCAAUUGGAGCACCAGCUGUUUGAUGAAAUGACCCUCAGAGUUAUUCUAAUAUUAUGCUCUCCGUAUGCCUUAAAUUCAUAUCUCUCUCCUCAGCUAAGCUGCUUGAAAGAUGUACGUGUCAAUUCAGUGAAUGAUCAAUCAUCUCCUCCUGACUCAGCAGUCCUGCUUACAUGGUUCCGAAUAUGUCACAAGAUAAAUUUUACUGGGAAAGGAUCGGCGUUAUUAAUUUUUGAUGUCUAGACAUCAAAAAUGGUACUAGGCAGCUCAUGGCUUAGUAAAUAAUGGCAAAUGGUCUACUGGAAAAUAAGAAAAGAAAGAUGAUGAACCCUCUUGGUAAGCCUCUAUGAUGUCUGUGAUUGGCUUCUAAAUAUCCCUGAUGUGGCAACUGUUCCGUUCUUUUCUUAACUUCAUAAAAUUUAGUUGCUUGUACGGAUAAUUGCCUUCUUAUAUACCUUACUUUUUGUUUUGGAUUAGCAAGAAGUGUAGUUCUUUGG